CAAAUCCGAGAAAACCUAAAUCCCCGCGUAAAAUAAUUUAAUUUUAUUUUGUAUCCUUCUAAUCUACUUGUAGCUACAUGUCAUGCAUUUAUUCCAGAUAAAACCUGGGAUUUUCCUUAAAUCGAGACACGAAGAUUUCGUGAAUUGGUCGACAUGGUCGACGGCUGAGAUAUCACUGGAAUUUGGAAUAACUUAACUGAAUUAAUAUAAUAUCGGCUGAUAACGACUCAACUCUAAAGCUAGAGAACCCUGAAUUAGAGUCAUGGAGGAGAGCGUAGAAGAGUCGGAGUCCUCAAUUCUCCAGUCCAGUGGUCCACGGGGUCCACGGGGUAGACGGGGUGGACGGAGAAGGACCGAGGAACAUGUAGAUUUGACGGAUUCUUCUCCGCAGAAAGAUUUGGACGAAACAAUUGAAAAAGAAGUUGGGAUGACAAGAGGAGGAAGUGGUAUGACAAGAGGAGGGCUUGGGAUGACUAGAGGUGGAAGUGGGAUGACAAGAGGAGCAAGAGGGAUGAGAGGAGGUAGUGGUAGAGGGAGGAGAGGAGGAGGGAGGUUGAUCAGACCGUUUUAUAUAGAUUUAAUGGAUUUAACAACUCAUUCAAGAGUUGGAGUUGCAGCCAAGAUACUCUUAACUAGGCCAGAGUUAAUGCAGGGGUUAUCUAUUCCACUGGGAGGAAUAGAUUUGGAUAGCUUCGAUAGGUUUACAGUAAAAUCGAUUGUCCAUUCUCCAUACAGUCCUAAUGCUUUAACCAGUCCUACCACUGCUUUAACCAGUCCUGCCGCUCCUACCAGUCCAACUGCUUCAGCCAGUCCUACUGCUUCAGCCAGUCCUACUGCUUCAGCCAAUCCUGCCGCUCCAACCAGUCCUGCUGCUCUAGCCACUCCCUCAACUCCAACCAGUCCUGCUGCUCCUACCAGUCCUACUGCUCCAGACACUCCCUCAACUCCAACCAGUCCUGCCGCUCCCGAUAGUCCUUUCAGUCCUACUGCUAGAACCAGAAAUAUAGCUGCAACCAGAAAUGCAGCUAGCCUUGCUAACCCCACCAGCCCUACUGCUGCUUCUGUUAAUACUGAUGCUGCUCCAUCAAUCUGGGCUGCUCCAAUUAACUCCUUAAUGCAAGAAGCGUCUGUUAAUAGUCCAGAUACUUCUUAUAACGAAGGGGAGGUUUUAAAUGAUUUCUGUGAUGUUAUAACUUCCAUAGGUUCUAAUAAACUUUCCUCUAAAGUUGUAGAACCUGAGGUAACACCAACAGUAAAGCCUGCCAGGGGUCGCGGACGGCCCAAAAAAGCUAAACCUUUUAAAGACGAUAUAUCAGCAAUGCUAGCCACCUCGCAGGAAAUCAAGAUUUCUAAAGAUAUCGUCAUCUGUCGCUCCGGGUCUCAAGGGAGUUCUAGUGCAACCUCGGAACCUCGGCCUCAAGACCUGGACAGACUUAGAAUAAAGAAUAUGGAGGCUUUGUCCUCAAGCCUUAAGCAAGGAUUGAAGGCUAAUAUUGAAACAAACCCUCCAUUUAAGACUCCCUCUGUGAGACUUCCGGUUACCCCUGGAGCAGUGAUUCCUAGUGUUCCUGAAGCAGGGGUUCCUAAUACCCUAGGAGGAGGGGUUUUUGGUAACCCUGGAGGAGGGGUUCCUGGUACUCCUGGAGUAGGAAUUCCUAGUACCCCUGGAGGAGGGGUUCCUGGUACUCCUGGAAAAUUGACACCUGGACCUGGAGAAAAAACUUCGAUCCAUGAAAACUUUGGAAGAACUAUAUCUAAACCUUCCAAAAGUUCUGAUUCUGUUUCUCAUCUGGUAAUUUAA